AUGGCCAUCGAAUCAUGGGAACUCAAAGCCCAAAAGGGCAAAGACAUCCUAACCAAGUCCAUCCCAAAGCAAUGGCUCUGCCCAGAUGAGCAGCUACCCCCAGUCUCGCAAAAGAGCAUACUCGACUUCCCCCGCCAGAGCGGACUGUUGAGCCAGCGCGAGCUUGAUAUCACCGAUAUGUCGGCCACAGCACUCGUAGCAGCAAUGGGUAAAGGAGAGCUCAGUGCAGAGGAGACGGUUGUGGCUUUCUUGAAGAGGGCCGUCUUGGGUCAUCAGCUGCUCAACUUCGCUACCGAGUUCCUGGCCGACGAGGCAGUCGCUCGUGCCAAAGAGCUUGAUGAGUAUUACCGACGCACGGGGAAAUUGGUUGGGCCUCUGCACGGCGUCCCGAUUAGUGUGAAAGAGCAUGUCUCCAUGAAAGGCCGAACCUGCAAUACUGGCUACGUAGCUUGGGUCGACAAUAUAGCCACCGAGGACGCCCUUCUCCUCAAGUACCUAUCCAAAGCCGGCGCCAUAUUCCACGUCCGAACCAACCAGCCGCAGUCUCUGAUGCACCUGUGCUGCAGCAACAACAUCACCGGUACAACCCUAAACCCACACAAUCGCACCUUAACCCCCGGUGGCUCCUCCGGCGGCGAAGGCGCGUCAAUGGGUUUCCGCUGCGCACCACUAGGCAUUGGCAGUGACAUUGGCGGAUCAAUCCGCUGCCCGGCGGCAUUCUGCGGCGCAUACGGCUUUCGUCCUACCACGCUGCGGAAUCCCAGCAGCGGACUGAAAGUCGCUGCCUCAGGGCAAGAGACGAUCCGCGGCGUGGUGGGGCCAUUAUCCAGCAGCUCGAUCGAGGAUCUAGCAUUAUUCCAGAAGGCAGUAUUGGACCAGGAACCGUGGGAGAUCGAGACGUCACUGGUACCUGUACCGUGGAAGAGUGUUACUCCGACACGGGAUAUGGUCGUGGGUAUCAUGUGGGAUGAUGGCUGCGUCCGCCCACACCCUCCCAUCACCCGUGCCUUGCGCCACGCCAAGGAGAAGUUGGUUUCCGCCGGCAUCAAAGUCGUAGACUGGGAGCCGUAUAAGCACCAGCAUGGCUGGGAAGUCAUUUCUGCAUUAUACUACCCCGACGCAGCCAGCAAGCAACACGAGCUCCUCGCAUUAUCAGGCGAGCCCGCCCGCCCACUAACAAAAUGGGCCUUCACUUACAGCGGCACCACGCCGCAGACACAAACGGAGACCUGGGCUCUACAAGCAAAGCGCGACAAGUACCAAGAGGAGUACCAUGCACUCAUGAAGAGCCGUGGGGUGGACUUCAUUCUCUCGCCGACGUAUCCCGGCGUUGCAGCGGUGAUGGGCGAGUCGCAGUAUUGGAAUUACACUGCGAUUUGGAAUAUAGUUGACUUGCCCUCUGCAGUGUUUCCGUCGGGACUUACUGUCGAUCCUGUGGCGGAUGCGUUGACGGAGGCGGAUAGAGGGUAUGUGCCGAGGGGGGAGGUUGAUGAACGGGAGUGGAGGAAGUAUCCCGGUCCGGAGGUUUAUGAGGGGGCGCCGGUUGGAUUGCAGAUUUCCGGGAGGAGGUGGAGGGAUGAGGAGACUUUGGCUGCUGCUACGCUUGUUGAGGGGAUUAUUAGGGAUGGGAAGUAG